AUGGAUGGUAUCACCACCCGAGUGUACCGACGAGUCAAACGUUACUGGCGGAGGAAACCCUACAUCCGGCUCGGCGGUCUAAACCGGCCACGCCGGUUCUGGCGGAUAAGAGUAACAUCAAAGCUGAAGUUGAAACUUAAAAAGAAGCUGAAGUUGAGAUACUCUCCGAAGAAACUACUCACCGGAAUUCGUGACGGUUACGUGAACAUGAUGACGCGAAUGGCGAAUUCGCCGGUGGUUGCCGGAAGCGGUGGUUUCGGUGAAGGGGUGGCGAAGUUCGGGAUGAAACCGGUGAAAGAAUACGAUGAGAGGUUGAUAAUGGAGAUGUAUAAAACGAUGGUGUUGAGACAAGCUCAGUUGGCAACUAAUUUUGGUGUAUAA